CGCCAACUGGCCCAGUAAGGAGGAGCCACCACCAGCCCGUCCAAAAAGUUCCCCUUCUCCAGGAUCGCUGCCAGUGCCUCUCACAACCUCCAAUUCCAUCCAUCAGGCUUCCGCUUUCUGAAUUGCUGGCCCUCGCGUCUGCUGUCCUUCGUCUUCCACGCGUUUUCGCCCACGCCCACGCUCUUUCUUGGAAUAGGGAAGAAUUGCUUUGUCCUUACUCCUUAACAGCAUCCUUCUCCUUCAUUCGUUUCUCCCAAUCUCUCAUAAUCAGUCACGAUGGCGACUCCGUCUACUAUCACCCCUAGCAGCCAUGUUGGUUUCGACAGCAUCACGUCGCAGAUUGAGCGCAAGCUGUUGAAGCGUGGAUUUCAGUUCAACGUUAUUUGCGUUGGCCAGACUGGCUUGGGCAAGUCGACGCUCAUCAACACCAUCUUCGCCUCGCACCUCAUCGACUCCAAGGGUCGCCUGCAGCCUGACGAGCCCAUUCGCCAAACCACCGAGAUCCAGGGCGUAUCUCACCUCAUUGAGGAGAAUGGUGUCCGUCUGAGGCUCAACAUCGUCGACACCCCCGGCUACGGCGACCUUGUCAACAACGACCGCUGUUGGGAUCCCAUCGUCAAGUACAUCAAGGACCAGCACUCCGCGUACCUGCGAAAGGAGCUUACCGCCCAGCGAGAGCGUUACAUCCCCGACACCCGCAUCCACGCCUGUCUGUUCUUCAUCCAGCCUUCUGGCCACUCUCUCAAGCCCAUUGAUAUUGUCGUCUUGAAGAAGCUGUCCGAUGUUGUCAACGUUGUGCCUGUCAUUGCCAAGGCUGAUACCUUGACUGUUGAGGAGCGAUUGGAGUUCAAGGAGCGUAUCAAGGCCGAGUUUGCCUUCCACAACCUCAAGAUGUUCCCGUACGAUAACGAGGAGUUUGACGACGAGGAGCGAAACCUGAACCAGCAGAUCAAGAGCUUGGUUCCUUUUGCGGUUGUUGGCUCUGAGAGCAACAUUAUUGUCAAUGGCAAGCAAGUCCGUGGUCGCCAGAACCGCUGGGGUGUGAUCAACGUUGAGGACGAGAACCACUGCGAAUUCGUCUACCUGCGAAACUUCUUGCUCCGAACCCACCUCCAGGACCUUAUCGAGACCACCUCCCAGAUCCACUACGAGACUUUCCGUGCUAAGCAGCUGCUCGCACUGAAGGAGAGCAGCGCACACGGUGGUGGUGCCGCCAGCAGACCGAUCAGCCCUGCUGCUGAUCGUGAGAUGAGCCGAGGCUCCCAGCGAAUGGGCAUCAACGGAUACUAAAUUUUCGCUCGUGCUUGACGUUUGGCCAGUAGAGUGAUGGCGUUCUCUAGGUGGAACGACGACCAGCCAGUCUUACGAUUAUUCUCACCUCGUGGGUGGUGUUAUGCGCGGUAAAAAGCAGUGUAUUUUCUAUUUGGAGAUGUGCGGACCGGAUUUCUCUGCACCGCAAUCCGACUCAAUAUUCGCUUUGUUUUCACUUCAAGCAACGCACAAAGGCGAGAGCACUGGGGGGCGGAAUGCCAUUACAAGAGACUGGGCGCGCUCUCACCAACCAUGCGACGUUUAUAAGGGCAGCAUGAAUUCUGCCCAUCGUGAAACGCUCAGUGGUCCGAAUCAUCUCGUCUGCGGUCUUUUAAUACGCAUUUAUUUUGUUUUUAGUAGUACCAUCGGAGCCUUCCUUGACCAUUUUCUUACGUUUUAAUCAGAUCCCCAUACCUGUACUUUCAAUAUACCUACAGUUAGUUGAGUUGUUAAGGAAGAGAGUGGCAGAAUGGAAAGAGAGAGAGAGAGUAUGAUAUGUUGAUUAAUUUUGCAUUUA